AUGGCUCUCCCAGCGGGGAAGAGUGUGCUGGAAACCAUCUUCGAAGAUGGGGAAGCCCUAGAUGACGAUGAAAUCCUUGUGGACGACGUUGAGAUGCUUGAUGCGGAGGCCCACGAGGGCGGCUCCGAUCAUCUUGCCCGACCGCCUGAUGGAGGCGGGGGAGAGGGGGGUGGCGUCGUCCAGGGUCGCGGCGAGUCUCAGCGAGGGUUAGGGGUUAAGACCAGCGGAAAGAGGCAUAAGAGGCUCAAGAAGAAGAAACGGGCACCCUCGGAUGUAAGGGUCACCGACAUAAACCGGUACGUUUACGCCAAUCUCUUCCUCUCUCGUCAUUACACCUCUUGUUGCCGUUGUUGUUGUUUUUCCGCCAGUAUCAAUUUUCCUUGUAACUAAAUUACGGAGGACAUGGGCCAAAUCGAUGUGAAUGGAUGGUUGACGGUGUAUUUUCUCACGUUUUAACAGUUCUCUCGCUUCUUUUUUUGUAAGUUUUCUUCCAUAAAAAGUUAAAUUGAUUUCAUUUGUAGCAUAAAUAUAUUUUUUCUGCUUGUGUCUAUCCGAAGAGCUUAUACAUUGCCUCCGUCUAUUACGCUUCCUCGGAUUUUUUCGUUUUUUUAUUUAUAAAAGUGGUUUAUUCCGUCCAGUCGAUUAUGAAAUUUAACUUUCAGAGAAGGAUGAUGGACUAUUUACCAAGUAGCCGAUUAAUUUUUUCCUGAAGAAUUUGAUGGGGCAAGGUGGAAAAAGUUCUUUUAAAAGGAUGAGCAGCAGCUUCAAAAGGACACUAGGUGGCCCAGUGAUAUCAUACGUUGUGUACCAGGAGAAAACUAAUCAAAGGCACCAAAAUCAUAAAGAUCAAACAGGGGCAUUGUGUUUUGAACCAGAUUCUGUGGUUCAUGCUUAUCCCCCAGUACCACCCUGCUGUUCUUUGAUAAUUAAACAGUUUUUUUUAGGAGGUUGUGCUUUAAAAAUGUCAGACCCGGAAGAUCGGAUUGUGACAUGUGGACAAAAGUAUUACCCUGAGGCCACAAGAGAGUACCACAUUGCCUACCUGAACUGAUAUUUUCGGCACGUUAUGUUUAUUCAUCUGUGCCUUCGUUGUGCACUUCAUAAAUUGUUUGUAGAGGCAGCACGUGUGUCAAUAACCAUCUAGCCCCUGCCAACUUUUUGCCAUGGUGUUGGUGAGAUCAUUUGCCUCGGAAAGUGUAACAUGCUGGAUCAAAGCAUGCGAAGAGACUUGAGCAGACAGUGGAUUGUUGGUGUUUUUCUUCCGACGUUCUUUGGUCUUGGACUUCUGAUAUUGCCGUGUAAUUGUGAAACAAUAGUUGCUUUUCUUCCCAUAUCCUCUGGUCUUAGACUUUUGAUAGUGCGUGUAGCUUUGAAACAGUAGAGCAAGUCACAGUGGGUCUGCGAUUCUGAGCCACCAAAGCACAAAUACAAUUGGAACCGCUCAGGUGGAGUAAUUCUAUGUGGUCUUGAUCAAACAGAUCAGACUACCAACCUCUGGUUUUUCAGUCAGAUGAAAAUCUUGUUUCCUACAGAGCAACUUGUGAUUUUCAUAUUCUCUGGCGCUCUUUUCUAGUGGUAGAAAAAUAAAGUUCAUUUGGAUGGUUGGAUGUAUAAAAUUAUUUUUGUACUGGCCGUAUAGAUUUUUUUGCAUAUGAAAUCUGGAAGGUAAUACCUUCUGAGUUAUAGUUCAUACUCAUGUCAUUUAGUUAACAAUAAUGCCCCUCCACAGUUCAUCUAUAGGGGAUCAAGAUAAAACUAAUGAAAUUCUAAAUUUUAUUUCUUUCUCAGUGGGCUUAGAGUAACCUUCUCUUUUGACUGUAUUCUAGUUGUAGAUUACCUCUAGUUUAUCUCAUAUCCUUGCUAGGGAUGUUAGAUUUUUCGGUUUCAGUUUCUUUUUACGAAUCUGUGUUAGCUCAGGGGGAGAAUUUUCUUCUAAAACUAUGAUUUCUUAUAUUAUUUUAUUUCCAGCGUGCUUAAUUACUCUGCAUCCGUUAUGACAUUACUCUCAUACCGUGUUUUUGAAACUAGCCAUCUCAUGUAUUCUGUGUUUCGUUGGCAGGUUCGUUAUUAACACAUGUAGACAUCUAAGGGAGAAGAAAUCCUACUUGGUCUGGAAUGCAGUUGGUUGUCUUGGUGUUUCCGCUGUCAGUGAUCUUGUCAAAGAGGUAUAUAGCCUCAAGAAAUAAAGAGAACUUGCAUCACAUUUUUCUCUCCUUUAGGGUUAUAGUUCGUAAACUGUAGAGCAAUCGCUUGUCUAACUUAUCCUACUCAUGUUUUUCCCAUAAAAGAAGAUUGAUCAGUAUGAUUCUCUUUAAAGUUUACUCCAAUCCAAUCGUCUCCUAUGGUUGGGUAUAUAAUCUUGUUUGUAACAUACAGGUGGAUGCAAUCCAGAGUUGUGGUGGGCAGAAGACCGCCGAUGGGAAGCGCUUACGAUCAGGUGGUGGCAUACUGUGGAACAUCCUGAAAGCACGUGAACCCAAGGCUUAUAAAGAAAUCAUGGCAAAGGGAAGAGAGUUUGAGGUAGUUACAGACAUCCUCAUUGUUCACAUUUGUGUUUCCCCCCUUUUUGUAUGUCUUUUUACCCUAUCAUGCUGAUGAUUAUCGGAUAUCUACUGCAUAAUUGUGAUGCUGUGUCGAGUUUUAUUUACGAUCUAUUCUUGUGCGUGCGACACUUGGAAAUACGUAAAGCAAUAGUCUAACACAUUUCAUAAACAGAAGAUUGUGAUUACGAAAUAUCAGUCAUGAUGUUAGGAGGAAACACGAAAAAAAACGACCUGGCCUCAACUCUAACAAAGAUAUAAGCCUGUGGGGAGAAAGGGGAAAUGCAGAACCAAUAUGUAAUUCCUGCCACGCUUUAUUUUUGACUUGUAUCCUGUGUAACCCAUUCAGUGUUGUAUUCUCUGAUGCAAGCCUAGCUUCUGAUUCGACCUUCCCGGCCUGCAAAUGACAUCUUCGUUUUUCGGUUAGACCUACCUCUUCCUCCCUAGUGUUCCAAGGCACAUGGUGGGUUAUUUGGAGUUUCUACUUUCUCUUCUCAGGCCGUCCCUAUGUAUAUUUUGAAAACCCAUCUAAAUUCGUCAGCAUCAUUAUCCUAUUCUUAUCUCAUUUUUCGUCUUAUGUCUCAUCAGAAGGUUAAGUAAAAAAUUUGGUGAAAUUCUAGCCUACUCUUGUUUCAUGUUUAUGAUCUACUAGGGAGUGCCAAGCACUUGCCUAGGGUUUCCUUGUCUCCUAUCCAUGAAUAUCUCUCAUCAUUUUCUUUAAUAAAGCUAAACAUGCUUUCAAUUGUCCGCCUUUAUUCCUAGAUUAGGAGAUUGUUUGCAUUUAUUUUUCCCCCAAGGGAGAAAAUCAUUUUAAUGCCACGAUUCCUGAGAACAUGAUGCAGAUUACUUGUUUGAUGGCUGUUACUUGCUCCUUCCCCACAAGACAUUUGCGCUGUGGAACAUUCUAUGUCGCCACUUAUUAUAUUCUGCGACUUGUGUAGAUGAAAAGAAAAUGGCUUAUGGGGGUGUCAGAUGAUUUUUAUUCUUGAAAUGAUGCCCGAAAAACAGAAAGAUGAGGACAGUUUCACCAAUGGCUACGCGAUUGAUCUGUGAACACUCCCCAUCAACCAGUUGUGUUGGUACACUCAGAUACUGUCGAUUAAACAAUCAUGUGUAUUUUCACUGGUUAUAUAUCCUCGUUCUUUCUGCCAAGGGUGGCUCGUGCUUCCAUACAGAUCAAUGCGGAGACCACGGGCACAAGUAGUUGAAAUGUUCCCUUUAUAAUUGCUAUUAAGUAAGUAUUUAAAGGCAAUUUUACGAUUUAAAUCGUGUAUAUGAUGACCCAGUAAAGAUGAAACCUUCAUAAUCCCGGAUCGCCUAUCUGUGGUAUAGUUUCACUCGAUGGGGAUGAAGAUCUCUGGACAUUGAUUUUUCACCGUUUUCUUUGUUUACUGCAGAGACAGUUCAAACCACUCAAAGCUACGGAAGUAAGAAAGGUGAAUGAAGCUGCCAUCUUUCCAUCAACUUCAUGUGAAGCAGAGGGGUCCGUGGGGCAAGAACUGGAUGGUGACCUUCAGCCGGCAGAAGAACGGCCAGGGUCUGAGGCGCAAGAACUGGAUGAUCUUAAGCCUACGGAAGAACAGCCUCCUGCAUCUACGCUGAUCGAUUCCAAGGAGGAGAGGUCUUCUAUAAUAAGCAGAAUACGCAAGCCUGUUGCCUAUGAUGAUCUCUUUGAGUAA